AUGAAUUGGGAAGACCCCGACAGAGCCAAUGCUGUUAAGAUUUUUCAUCAGCAGUGUGACUUAUACUUCUCAGUCAAGAAUGUUGCGAUUGGUAAGCAAGUGGAUCAUGUUCUUUUAUUCACUGGUGCCACGGGUAUCAAGCUUUACAACUCGUGGGGUCUGGAAGGUGAAGAUAGGAAGAAUCCAACUGUUGUUUGGGAGAAGUUCGAGACACAGCUGAGGCCAAGGGCAAAUUUCCGUGUAGCUAGGCUAUACCUUCAGAAAUAUGUGCAGAAAGAGAGGGAAAGUGCAGAUGACUAUAUCUCGCGUCUGAAGCUGCAGGCAUAUGACUGUGAAUUUCGUGAUGACACUGAGCUCCAAGAACGCAUCAUUGAGCAGUUCAUCACAGGCACUAGAUAUCCUGAGCUCCAGAAAGAUCUUCUAGGGAAGAACAAGUCCCUCACUCUUACACAGAUGCUUGAGCUGAGUAGAACAUUUGAAGCAUCGCAGAUGCACAUGGCUCAACUAGCGCAAGUACAGACACAUAUUCAGCCUGCAUCGAUUGAUGUAGUUCGUCGGAAGACUAACACUAGUAACAAGUGUCCUAAUUGUGGUGGUAAUCAUGCUCGCAGUCCACGGGAAGCAUGUUCGGCUUAUGGCACCAAGUGUAACAGCUGUGGAAAGUUGAAUCACUGGAGGAGUGUUUGUCGGUCUCCAGCUCCAAGUACACAGCGGUCUGGGAGAUCUCCAGCUUCAAGUACCCAGAAGUGGAAGCAGAAAGCUAAAUACGCUACGCCACAUCGUGGAGGCAAGCAGGUGCAAUCCAUCCACAGCACCAGCAAUAUUGAGGCAGCAGCAGCGGUCCCACUACUGAAUGACGCAGUGGAUGUCCUGUCAUUCAAUCGAAUUAUUGUGUCAGGUAUCAGUGCUGUAGAGGUGGAUGACAGGGACGACCUAACAAUAGCGUACGUGGAAGUCAGACGGGAUGAGAGAACCAUAAUGAAACUGCGUUCGAAGGUUGACUCCGGUGCGGAGGGCAACACACUUCCUCUUCGGAUGUUUCGUGGGAUGUAUCCUGGCCAUCUCACUAAGGAUGGAGUUCCUCACCCUCAAUCAGUGCAUAAUUCAAGUGCACGGUUGUUCGCUUACAACGAAACACCAGUGAUGCACUUCGGUUCGGUUCGGCUCCCCUGUCGUUUCAACAACUCAACUUGGCUUUAUGCUACAUUCUACAUCGUUGAGUCCAGGGGUCCAGCGAUUAUCGGAUGUGACACAGGCUUGAAACUGAAGCUGCUUACUCUACACACACGCAUCAACGAGAUCAAGCAUUCAGCACAGAUAAGCUCUACUGAUGACCUAGUAAGGCAGUAUCCAGACCAGUUUGACAAAAUUGGCAACUUCCCAGGAGAAUAUCGUAUUGUUCUUGAUCCAGACGUUCAGCCUGUUGUCCAUGCUCCUAGACGGUGCCCAAUCCACCUACGAGAUGAACUGAAGCGUGAGUUUGAUGACAUGGAAGGUAAUGGCGUGAUCACUAAAGUCAUUGAGCCUUCAGCAUGGGUCAGCAGCAUCGCUGUUUCAAGGAAGUCGAAUGGCAAACUCCGUGUCUGUUUGGAUCCCAAGGAUCUCAACCGAGCUAUUCGACGUUGCCAUUAUCGCACUAUCACGACAGAUGAGGUGAUACACAAGCUAUCAGGUGCUCGACACUUCAGCAAACUCGAUGCCAAGAACGGUUAUUGGUCUAUCAAGCUCGACCAUGACAGUUCACUUCUGACUACCUUCAACAGUCCCUUUGGACGGUACAGAUAUCUCAGGAUGCCUUUUGGUCUAGCAAUGUCUCAGGAUGUAUUCCAGCAGCGAAUGGACGAAAUCCUCGAAGGUUGCCCCGGCACAAUAGGGAUCGCUGACGAUAUUGUUGUGUUCGGCAAGAGUGAAGCGGAGCACGAUCAGAAUCUGCACCACCUCAUGUCCAAAGCUGUGAAGUACGGUCUGCAGUUCAACAGUGGCAAGUGCAGCAUAAAGGUCAACCAGAUUUCCUUCUUCGGUAUGAUCUACGAUGCAGAUGGCGUCCAUCCGGAUCCUCACAAGGUCGGGGCAAUCAAGUCAAUGUCUCCACCUGAGAACAAGAGCCAGCUUCGUGAGUUCCUUGGUAUGAUAACCUACCUUAGCCCAUUCAUACCAAAUCUUUCAGCCCAGACUGCAAGCCUACGUGGUCUUUUGAAGCAGGACGCUGAAUUCCAAUGGACUCCGACGCACCAUUCUGCCUUCAAUGAUUUACGUGACAAGGUAUGUCACGAUGCAACUCGGGCGUAUUUCGAUGUUAACAAGCCUACGGUACUGCAGGUAGAUGCUUCUCUGCAGGGCUUGGGAGCGACUCUACUGCAGGAUGGAAAGGGUAUCGCGUUUGCAUCAAAGGCCCUCAGUGAUGCAGAGACGAGGUACGCCAACAUAGAGCGAGAGCUGCUUGCAGCCCUCGCAGCCCCACGAGACUCUUCUCCAGCACGAGAUACCUACACGAUCCUGGCAAGUCUUAGGUACAGACUUAUUUCACUUUGA